GUUUUUUGCUCUCAGUGGCUGAGUGACCACCAGAUCGCUAUGGGGACCAAGUGUAACAAGUUGAUGGUGUAUGACGUGAACACACGCCAGAUGGAUGUGAUUCCUUCACUGCGGAGCUCAGAGCCCCACCGUCCGCAGGAUCAGCAGUGUGGGAUCCACUCUAUUGAAAUCAAUCCCUCACGUACCCUCCUGGCUACGGGUGCACUUAACUCUAAUGACAUUGCCGUCUACCGACUACCAACACUUGAUCCAGUCUGUGUGGGUGAAAAGGCCCACUCAGACUGGAUCUUCGACAUGUGCUGGCUAGAUGACCAAUUUCUAGUGUCAGGCUCAAGGGACACACGGCUUGCCCUUUGGAAGAUUGAUGAUGACAUUGAUAUGAGCAACUCAAGCAACCUUCCCAACUAUGGCCACAUCAAACCUGUCAAGAUCAAGAAGUGUAAUGGUGCAGAGAAGGUGCGAGCGGUCAUCUUCAACCCCAACUUUGUAGAGAUCGUAGCACUCUCACUUAAUGCCUACCUCCAUGUAUGGGAUGCCAACCGCUUUGUACAGAAAAUGUCCCGCAAGCUCCCACAUGCUAUGGAGAAUGUUUGCCUGACCGUCAAAGAGGACAGUUCACUCUAUGCAAUUGGGUCCAAGUCCCACACCACGCUGUUAGACCCUAGAACACUGCAUUACGUUAAAAAGGUGAAUGCCAGAAUCACAGGUUGUGGUAUCCGGUCUGUGAGUUUCCACGGUGACAUUCUGACCAUUGGUACUGGUGUGGGUGCCAUCAUGUUCUACGAUAUGCGAGCCGGGAGGUACAUGGAGUCCACCAUGAAUAGUGGCCGAGCAGUGGUCCUGAAGAGCACGAAGGGUUGGGUAAGCGCAGACGAACCCUACCACGACGUAUUUCAUAAUGUGGAAUACACACCAGCGAUAUACACACACUGUUAUGAUUGGUCGGGCAUGAGGUUGUUUGCGGCAGGUGGCCCUCUGCCUGCCUCCCUCAAGGGCAACUAUGCUGCUCUUUGGUGCUAAAAGUUUACUGGUGAAAAUGGAAUAAAUUGAAAUAAAAGAUAUAUAAAUGAACUGUGGCAAUUCAGGAGGAGAUUUGUGCCAGUGCAUUUUUAUGUGUGUGAGCUUGUUAUCAUGUGCACAUACACUGACGAUUGCAGUGGAUUUGUUUAUCCUUCCAAAGUGCCAAUGUCUAAUGAUUCAAUAAGUGCAUCUGUGUGAAGCAGGGUGGGUAGCACUUUGGCUGACAAGUGCAGUGACCGAAAUACUUGUUUGUGCAGAAGGUCUACUCCACUAAUGAAGAUACUUAAAAAAUAUUAAUGCAUCACCAGUCAUGAAGGAGCAUGCAGUGGGCAGGAAACAGUGUCCGUGUGGUGUAUGUUGUAAUUUCUGAAGAGCUGUCAGAGCAUAUCAGAAAGGAGUUCAGGAAUAAAGUGUUAUUCCAUGUGCUUUGAUUGACAAAAAGCAUGUGGAAAAGUCUCGCACUGGGUCUUACGUCUAAGCACGAAGUAUAUUAUGUGCAUAUGAAUGAAAGGGAGGAGGAGGAGGUUUCCAAAUGAUUUUAUUGUGUCCAAGACAAGUUAGUGAGUGUGAAAAAUAUGUUGAAAAACAUGUAGGAGGUACAAAUGAAAAGUUUUGUUGACAACAAGGUAUUAGUCUGGUCUGUUCUGCUUCAUGAUUCUUUUAUUCUCUCUCUCUCUCUCUCUCUCUCUCUCUUCUCUCUUCUCUCUCUCUCUCUCUCCUCUCUCUCUCUC